AUGCCAACAGCGAGAGAUGUUUAUAAAAUGAAUCAGAAUUGUAGUUAUGAAAGUGUCUAUCCACCUUAUCAUACAACAACAACAACUUCAAAUGCAUUGUCAAGGCAAACAUCUGUAACUGUAAAUGAACUUUCAAACAUUAUGCAGCCAUCAAUUAUGGUAUUUCCUGCAAAUGGAAAUAAUAGUAUUACGGGAGUUGAAUAUAAUCAAACAUUAAAUGGAUAUGAUCAAUUUCGUUACUCUCAAUCAUAUUAUACUCAGUAUUCGGGAAAUAAUCCUCAUGUUCCACAAAAUUGUUAUACGGAUUUAUCGUCUUUCAGUUUACCAAUAAAUGUUAACAAUAAUAAUAGUAAUAAUUUACAAAAUAGUUUAACAAAUACAGGAAAUCAAUCAACAUUGACAUUUACUACUAGUAAUAUACAAUUUGAUAAUGAUACAUCAUUUAAUAAAAAUGAUAAAGAAAAACUUAAAGAUACAAAUAAAAUUACUUUGCCAAGAAUUCUUCCAAAAGAUGGUAAUAAGACUAAAAAUUUAGUAAAUGAUUCACAAACAUCAAUUCAAGGUUCAUCAACAAUUUCGCAACAAUCUAUAAAUUUGGCACAUGAAGAUUCUUGCUCACCUUCAUCAACUAUUACAAAUUCUGUCAAUCAUAACAGGAAACAAAAUUCAUUAAAAAAUAAUUUUUCUCCUAAUGGUUAUGAUGAUGAUGAAGAAAAUAUAUUAUAUCAAGGAGGUGGUAAACCAUAUGAUAGAAGAAAAGCAGCAACAUUACGUGAGAGAAAAAGAUUACAAAAAGUAAAUGAAGCAUUUGAAAAUAUGAAAAAACGAACUUGUCCUAAUCCAAAUCAAAGAUUACCAAAGGUUGAAAUUUUAAGAGGUGCUAUAGAAUAUAUCAACAAACUAGAGGAUGUUUUAAAGGCAGAAGGUAAAAUGACAAGGAUAAUGGCAGUAAAUGAAGGUAUUGCUAUUGACAAAGAUUCCUCUGAUUUCAUUAUAUGUAUUCCAAAUACCUGUCGUUAUCCAAAUUCUCAAUCAUUUAUAUCAUCUCAUCAACCAAGCUUAGAAAUAAUUACUAAUGGUAGUAUAUCUCAAGGAACAUCUUCAGUUACUCAGACAGAUAUUAGAAAUAUUUAUCGUGAUAAUAGUCCAAAUAGUCAAAGUACAUCUCAAAUAAUUUGUCAACAAAAUGUUAAAGGAUUAUUUGAUACUACGCCUCAUCAUCAAAAUUCAUGUAAUGAUGUAAAAAAAGAGGUUGAACAAUGA